GAUGGUGAAGUGUUAAUGGGGACUUUCCAAGAGUGGCCAGACAAAUAUUGUUUGUUUAUCUCCUGAAUUAAUAGAAAAGUCAUAUAAAGACAACCAAGGAGGGAAGCACCUAGUUACAAAAAGUUGUCAUCCCCACUUUUGUUUGUUUUUUCACCCAUACUUUAAUGCUACUAGUUAACUACUACUCUCUUGAAAUCAAGCUAAGAAUAAUAGUGUUUGAUGUCAUAUAGUGCAAGAAGUAAUUAGCAUUAUGGAUGAGAAGUUGAAGAGUUAUUGUGUAACAGGAGGGACAGGCUUCAUAGGGUCAUGGCUCAUUAAAUCUCUUCUUCAAAUAGGUUACAAGGUCCAUGCUGCUGUGCGCCAUCCUGAGAAAUCAUCACAUCUAUUGAAGUUGGCUGAGGGCAGUGAUAGGCUAAGAUUGUUCAAAGCUGAUUUAAGAGAAGAAGGGAGCUUUGAUGAAGCAAUGAGAGGUUGCAAUGGCCUAUUCCAUGUUGCUGCAUCCAUGGAAUUCUGGCCACAAACCACAGAAAAUGUUGACAACUAUGUUCAAGAAAAUAUCAUAGAGCCUGCAAUCCAGGGGACCUUGAAUGUUCUCAAAUCUUGCUUAAAAUCCAAAUCUGUGAAAAAAGUUGUUUUCACAUCAUCAAUUAGUACAGUAACUGCCAGAGACAGCUCUGGGAAAUGGAGACCUCUUGUGGAUGAAUCUUGCAAGAUACAUGUCCAACAUGUUAAGCACACAAAACCAAGUGGUUGGGUUUAUGUAUUAGUAAAGGUUUUGACAGAGGAUGCAGCAUUUCAAUUUGCAAAAGAAAAUGGCAUUGAUUUGGUUUCAACAAUAACACCAACUGUAGCUGGUCCAUUCCUUACUCCUACAGUUCCAUCAAGCAUUCGAGUUCUCUUGUCACCAAUAACAGGUGAUCCUAAACUGUUUGCUAUACUCACUUCUGUGAACACAAGAAUGGGAUCAAUAGCAUUAGCUCAUAUUGAGGAUAUGUGUCGCGCCCAUAUAUUUCUCAUGGAGAACGUUAAAGCAGAAGGACGAUAUAUAUGUUGUGGUCAAAGUUGGGCAAUGGCUGAAGUUAUCGAUCACCUUAAAAAAGAGUAUCCUUGCCCCGCUUUAGAGAGGCUAGAUAACGGAGGACAUGAUUCAGUAAUCCCAUCGGAGAUAUCAUCAAAGAAAUUGAAAGUUCUGGGAUUUUCUUUCAAGUAUGAAAUCAACGAUAUCAUACGAGAUACAAUUAGUAAUUGUAUACAUCAUGGCUUAUUACCAUAUAUUCAAAAGUAAGAAUUGUUUUAUUGUAUGAGCAGAGUAUUCAAAUCUUUGAGGUAGAGAUAGAUGGUUUUUUGGUGUGUGAUUGCUAAUUUUGUAGACAAUAGUAAAGGUGCAACUUACUUCUAAUUGGAAUAU